UGUCGUGCAGGUGGUGAGACGUGCAGUCAUAAGGAAAGUAAAGCCUACAAUACAAUAUUGUUAAUAAAACUCGUUUUACGGAGAAUUUGGAGAUUAUAUACGUGGCAAUGUUCCUAUGUUGACUUUUUCUUUGCGUUUGUACAGCAUUUGUGGAACAAUAUACAUUAUUUUGAGCAAUAUAUGCGCCGCGAGUUCAUUGCUAAUCUUUGUUAGCUCGUCAAUGGUGGUUUUCUUUCAUUGUGUGUUAGCUUUGAGCUAGCGAAUUUUCCGAGCAAAAAUGAAGAAAGAAACAACGCCUGUAAUGUAUUUGAACAUUUCACAAGUGUCAUUAUUAUGUUUUGCGUUUAGUUUUACAGUGAACUUCGACUGGAGUGUCAAGAAACGACUCAGCAAACAACAUUUACUCUUCCUGGUUCCUACUGUGUGAGAACUUUAGCAACAUGUUGCUGUCAUUUUAAGGGCUCUGCACAUCAUCCAGGCGCUGCUGUUAAGAAGCGCAAAAGCAGUGGUCCAAAAACUUUUUUUCCCCCCAUCAUCAUGACCUUUGAGGGCCACCUAACGUUUCGCUUCUAAUGGGGGCCCGUAACAGAAAAAGUGUGACUGCAGGAGUACUUAAACGGCGCAGAACAGCUUGGGGAGGUUGUCCUGUGCCUGCUUGAGUGUCAGGAUGAUCAUUUCAGAAGAUAAACCUGCUUGGGAGGGGUGGGAUGGCAGAUUUCAAUUGAAGACAGUAAACAACAAAGCAGAAAGCCUUUGAACGCCCGACGGAGCGCAGCGGCUGUUUGGCAAAUAUGGGAGUGCAUGUGGCUGGACUUGUGGCCGUUGGGGUUUUUUACUUGGUCAUUCUGCUCACUGGAAUCUUCGCCUCUCGGAAGUCCAAGCAAGUGGAGAAGCAAUGUUCUGGAAAAAAAAGCGAAGUCACCAUCGUCGGAGGCCGCAAUAUCAAUGUAGUGAUUGGUGUGUUUACCAUGACAGCAACAUGGAUUGGUGGAAAUUCUAUUAUGGGGACUGCUGAGGUCGUUUACUCUCCAGCUCAGGGUCUCGUUUGGGCUUUUGGCCCUCUUGCAUAUUUUUUGAAUUUUUUCCUUGCAGGACUGUUUUUAGCCAAGCCAAUGAGGUCCAAACGCUACGUGACUAUGUUGGACCCAUUUCAGCACCGCUAUGGCCAAUUAUUCACGACAGCAAUUUUACUUCCUGCUCUGGUCUGUGAUAUUUUGUGGGUGGCCUGCAUCCUUGCUGCGCUAGGGGGAAUGAUGAGCAUUAUCCUUGAUGUAUCAUCGACGAUCUCCAUCAUAAUCUCUGCAGCUGUCUCUAUCAUCUAUACUUUAUUUGGUGGCCUCUACGCGGUCGCAUACACCGAUAUCAUCCAACUGUCCUUCAUAUUUGUUUGUCUGUGGCUUUGUAUUCCAUUUAUGUUUCUCAGUCCCGCGGUGACUGACGCCCCACAAACAGCUCAUUUCAACCAGUCAAGCUUCCCCUCGUGGAUAGGAGAGGUGAAGCUGGAGGAUGCGGGAAAGUGGACGGACGACUUUUUGGUGAUGUCUGUCGGAGGACUGGCGUGUCAGGCCCUAUUCCAGAGGAUUCUUGCAGCGUCCUCUUCAACUCAAGCACAGGUCACCUGUUUUGCCGCUGGUGGAUUGGCUUUUAUUUUGGGAAUUCCUUCAGUGAUAAUUGGAGCUUUGGCUACUUCUGCAGACUGGAACCAGACAGACUAUGGUCUACCCCCACCUUAUGAGCGCGGGGAGGCAGGGAAUGUCCUCCCACUGGCUUUGUCCUACAUCACACCCUCCUGGAUGUCAGUGUUGGGUAUUGGUGCUGUCGCAGCAGCAGUCAUGUCCUCCAUGGACUCUGCCUUGCUGUCGUCAGGAUCCAUGUUCACACAAAACAUAUACAAGACAACGUUGAGAAAGCAGGCAUCAGAAAGGGAGCUGCAGUGGGUGAUCAGGAUUAGUGUGCUACUGGUGGGCCUGGCUGGGACCGGGCUGGCCUUUAACAAGACCAGCAUCAUUGAGCUCUGGCUGCUCGCGCUCGACUUACUUUAUUGCAUUAUCGCCCCGCAGCUGGUCUGUGUGGUGCUCCUUCGCUCUGCCAAUUGCUACGGCGCCAUCAGCAGCUACAUGAUUGCUCUGCUGCUUCGUGGGCUGAGCGGCGAGCCAGCCCUCGGCAUCCCUCCUGUGCUGCUCUACCCGGGCUGGAGGGAGGAGCAUGGCGUCAUCAGACAGUACUUUCCCUUUAAGACUCUGAUUGUGCUCAUUUCUUUAGCAGCUAUAUAUCUCAUAUCGUGGCUGUUCCAGCUGGCUUUCACUCGCCAUCUUAUUCCUCAGUCCUGGGAUGUGUUGGAUUCAUUCAAAAAGAACAUGGAGGCAGAAGUCGAGGAAGAGAGACCAAUUUCCAAUGAGAACAAGGACUUUGUCUUAAGUACAUCUUUUUAGGCUCAACGUAUCUGUCAAACCUGAUUUUAGCCAUAAUUAUGGGCACAUUGCUACAUAUGUUCUUGAGAAUAGUUUUUUUUCUACUCAGUUUGUAAUUUUUGCAGUGAAAAGAAGAAGGGUAUAACUGCCUUGCAUGGGCCCACCUUCUGUGACCAGUUCCGGUCGUUUGGAGAUGUUGCUGAGGGUUGGGGUGCUGGUGGGUGAGCAUGAGGUAUCACUGGACCAGUACCUGUGCUCCUCCUUCUGGGACUUGUUGGGGUGUGUUCGUUGUGCUUGGUGUCCGCCCUUGAUCUUGGUAAUGGGGUGUUGGCCCCCCUCCCCCAAGUGAGGGGGCUGAGGGUGGGGUGGGGGAAGACCACCACUUGGCUCGGCUAAAAAAUAUCCCACUCCAUCACUAAUCAGUAGCACUGCCUUGCUCAUUUCCCUCAUCCUGUGUUGUCCUCUCCUUUUUUGUCCUCUCUCAUCUUAUUCCAUUGGUUAGCAGUUUCAUGUCUUUUCCUGGUUCCAUGUGCUCUACCACAUAUAUAAGAACAUUAUUUGACCGUUUUAACUUGUAGCUCUGAGCCCGAUGUCAUUCACAACCCCCCCAACUAAUUGACUUUCCGUCCGUCCCUGCGACCAUGCUGUGCAAGACAGCCACCACAGGACGCCUGGCGGAUCACACCCCGAUCUUUCUUUAGCUGAAGAUGAACGUCUGCUUUGAUUUUGUAUGAACUAUACCAAAUGUAUGCCCAUGUCAUUGUGUCAGCUUCACUGGUCCAUAUGCAAGACUUGAGAACUGAUUGGAUUGAUUUGUUGCCAAACAGUACGAAAUGUGAUUGAAUAAUGACCAAUUGGUGUUCCGAGACUGAAGUUGAAAAAAAAUCAUUCCAUCUGCAGGAUUUAUGCAUAACAGUACAAAGAUGCGAGUAUUUAAUUUUAACAUUUGAUUUUGUAGUCCAUUUUACGGCUAAAUUUAGACAGGAAUUCAUGGGCAUGCUCUUCAGGUUCACUCCGUCCCCUGUCUCUUGGGGACAUCUCUUAGCUAUUUAACCUUUGACUCCGCCCUCUUCUCUCUUGUUUACUGCUUCUCUGCUGUUCUUGCUUGGUAACAUGCGCCCACGGGAACCUGACGGCAGCGCUUUUGAUCGAAUAACCUGGCCUGGCAGCUUCGAUCGUUUUAUUUUUUUCACCAACCGUGAUCUGUUGGCGUAGCCUCAGCAAGCAACUCACGGCAUUCCGUAGCGGUCACGCACACACUUGAAAGCAAGAACGGGCCCGCCAUCGCUCACUCACUUGGUAGGAAAGUUACAAGUGCACACAAACAGGGCACCAACUUUCUUUUGGCACAUCUUUUUUGUCUAAUUUUUUUGUGCAUCCUUCUUUGGAAACCAAGCCUGCUUUGUUUUCCUCUUGAGACGUGCGGGGAAAGACAAUUCCCAGGGACGCCUGACCAAAGGUCGCGAAUAGCACAACAAUCAGUGUCAAAAUGUAGAAUAUUACUGCCUAAUCCUUUUGGGGAAAUUACUAGCAUCAAACAAGUCUCAACUUUGUCCUUGCUAAACAUGCUGCAACCUUAUACAUGUUCGUUUUAGCGCAGUGUAUCACAAAGCCUAACUUCCCUUUGCGUACGCCUAUUUUUCUUUCUUUCACCAUUAUUUGUGUUUCCUUUUUGUAGUUAAACCCCUCGGUGUGUUUCCCUGGAGUUGCCUCGUAUUUCAUUAAAUAUUUUGAAAAAUUUAAUACCUUCCUUUGUGCGUUUUGAGUUUCAACAAGAAACUCCCUGUGAUCAAGGACUUGUUCGUAAUUGUUGCAACCUUUUGAUGAUGUGACUGGUGAGGGGAAGAUCAUUUUACACAUUAAUACAUUUUUUGAUUUGGUGCCCUUUACGAGACACAGUUUGAUUGUGACAUUAAAAUGGAAAUUUAAAACUAAUUCGGAAGUGAGCACAGGCGUUCGACAAAUUUAUUUCUUAAAUAAAUUGGGUUUUACUCAAAACUUAAAAUGCUACAUAACGUUACUUGUGGGCGUCACGGUGGAUCACCUGGAAAGCGUUGGCCUCACAGUUCUGAGGAUCCGGGUUCGAUCCCGGCCCUGCCUGUGUGGAGUUUGCAUGUUCUCCCUGUGCCUGCGUGGGUUUUCUCCAGGCACUCCAGUUUCCUCCCACAUCCCAAAAACAUGCAAUUGGACACUCCCCAAGGUGUGAUUGCGAGUGCGGCUGUUUGUCUCGAUGUGCCCUGCGAUUGUCUGGCAACCAGUUCAGGUUGUACCCCGCCUCCUGCCCGUUGACAGCUGGGAUAGGCUGCAGCACUCCUGCGACCCUUGUGAGGAUAGCCGGCUAAGAAAAGAGAUGGAUGGACGUUACUCGUGGACAAAUAUCUAGACUGUCUCACUAUUGUUCGGAUGUGGUUCUCACCACUAGUUCCCUUUGUUAACUCUGUCCCUCUGUCUGUCCUCUAAAGCUAUUUUUUGUCUGGCUGGUUAGCUGAAAAAUAAUAAGCAGAGGGGGUUAUUUAAAUCUUCCUGUUCUAGAGCAAAACUGUCCCAGCACAAAAGCCAUACAGACCUGCUAUUCCCCAUACACAUGCAAUUGAACAGGACAAGUAAAAAGAAAAAAAUACUGUAAAGUAAAAAACAAAAAAGUUGAUGGAAUUAGAAGUCAUCCAGAAUUUUAGGCUGUAUUUGGAGCCUGUAUUUUGAUUUGAAUUGGGUUAGAAGCCCAAAUCGCAUCAAAAUGAUUUCCAUGUACACCUCAGUCGGAAUAAACAAACUCGGUUUCACAUGGGUAGAAUAUUACUUGCCCUUGAUCAAAUGGUCUAUAAAUGAUUCACUCAGGAUAGUCCGCCUGUGUUCUGUCUGAGCACGUUGUCUUUGCAUAAAUGCGCAGCCAUUGACGUCAUUGUUUAUGUAUGUGAAAAUAUGGCGGCUUGAAAACAGGGCUGGCCUGCAAUGGGCAUCUUGUUUUUAACUACUUCUAGCCUUGCUUCAGAAGUUGCUUUCAUAGGGUUAAAAAAAAACAGUCACAACAACUGUGCUCUGCUGAGAUUAUUUAUCUCGUUAUCUUUUUGAAGAUUUCUUUUGUUCUUCUAUAGACUGCAACCUGGCCAUUUGAACCUAUGUUCCAUGUUCUUACUAGGAAAUAAAGAAAUAUGGUAAACAAG